AUGAAGGCAAUACUCACGGUCACUUUGGUCUUGUUUGGAGUCCGUUUCGGUCAGACCGACUUCAUCAAAAAUUGCCUAACUGAAGGAGAGUCUAUUAAAGACAUAAUCGCAGCGAUGAACGAGAUUCGAGCGUCACAUGCAGAGGAUUAUCAAAUUGCAAACAUGCAUGAAUUGAAAUACGACAUGUCCCUGGAGAAGGAAGCGAGAAAAAUGAAGUCGUGCAAUGAUUUAAAACAUGGUGUCAACUAUCGAGUGGCUUUCUACGGCGAAGGAAAAAGUGAUGCAGUCUGGAAGGAAUUUGUGAAGAACAGUGCUCUGACUGACUCGUAUUCUGAGGCGGACCAUCCACUUUUGACAUUCAUGAUUAAAUGUGAUUUGACAACUGAAUGUGAUGAAAGGAACUUUAUCGUUUUGUUUGGCCCUCGUGGAACACUCUCCCUAUCUGACUUCCAACGAGGACCGCCCGGAUCGAAGUGUACUCAUGGAAAGACUGAAGAAGGACUGUGUAUUGCACCGCCAAAAACUGAAUUAGAGACAACUGCUCCACCCACAUCUAAAAUAGAAACGACUGCCCCACCCAAAUUUAAAAUAGAGACGACUGCUCCGUCCAGAUCAGAUUCAGAGGCGAUUGGUUCUUCGUCUGAAAACAAUGGUGAAGGGAAAUACGACAUGGCCCUGGAAAAAGAAGCGAGAAAAAUGAAGUCGUGUGAUGAUAUCAAACACGGUGUCAACUAUCGAGUGGCUUUCUACGGCAAAAGAGAAAGUCGUGCAAUUUGGCAGGAAUUUGUGAAGAGUGUGAAUAAGUCCUUUUACUAUUUUGAAGAGGAAAAACAUCCAUUCCAGACGUCUGUUAUUCAAUGUAUUUUGACAAGUGAAUGCGAAUUAGAUGCUCGUUGCUCUGGCAAUUCUUUUGAUACGAAAGUACACUCUGUCACUUUGUACGGCUGGCGUGGAACUCUCUCCCUAUCUGACUUCCAACCCGGACUGGCCGGAUCGAAGUGUACUCAUGGAAAGACUGAACGAGGACUGUGUAUUGAAAAUAAUGCUCCCUCCGGUAACACCGACUUCAUCAAACACUGUCUAACUGAGGAAGAGUAUAAAACGUGGUCAGAUCCAACAAUAGAGGGAAACAUGAUCACAUCUCUCAACAAUGAACGAGCGCAUAUUGCAACAAUUUAUCAAAUUGCAAACAUGCAUGAAUUGAAAUACGACAUGGCCCUGGAGAAGGAAGCGAGAAAAAUGAAGUCAUGUGAUGAUUACAAACACGGUGCCAACUAUCGAGUGGAUGACUAUAGAAUAUUAGAAAGUCUUCCAAUAUGGGACGCAUUUGUGAAGAACGUUUCGGAAAACGCAACUAACAUUUGGAUGUAUAAUGAGAACAUGCAUCCACUCCAGACGUCUUUUAUUAAAUGUGAUUUGACAAAUGAUUGUGAUAAAGCAACCGCUUUCACUUUGUACGGCUGGCAUGGAACACUCUCCGUAUCUGACUUCCAACACGGACCGCCCGGAUCGAAGUGCACUCAUGGAAAGACUAAACAAGGAUUGUGUAUUGCUCCGCCCAGAUCUGAAAUGGAGACGACUGGUCCUUCACCCAAAUCUAAAAUAGAGACAACCGUCCCGCCCAGAUCUGACUCAGAGACAACUGCUCCAUCGUCUGAAAAUAAUGGUGGAUCGGAAGGGGCGAACUCUAUUCUUAAAUACGACAUGUCCCUGGAGAAGGAAGCGAGAAAAAUGAAGUCUUGUGAUGAUAUCAAACACGGUGUCAACUAUCGAGUGGCUUUCUACGGCGAAAAAGAAAGUCGUGCUAUUUGGCAGGAACUUAUGAAGAGCAAGAAAUAUCCCUCGGAGUAUUUUCAAGAGGAAGAACACCCACUCCAGACGUCUGUUAUUCAAUGUGCUUUGACAGCUACUUGCCACUUAAAUGCUAGUCGCUCUGGCAAUUCUUUUAAUACGGAAAUGGCCACUAUCACUCUGUACGGCUGGCGAAUUCGUCAUGUCGGCGACGAUUUUGCUGUUCGUUACUCAAACCUGGACGAUCGGAAUGAGUUGGGCGAGCCUUCUGACCAAAGGGAAAUCGAUGGGUCUCAGGAGAAGACGUUUACAGUGGAUGAGGCUGUGGAGGCAUUGGGAUUCGGAAGGUUCCAGUUGAAACUUUCUAUUUUGACAGGGAUGGCUUGGAUGGCCGACGCGAUGGAGAUGAUGCUUCUCUCCCUGAUUUCCCCUGCUUUAGCCUGUGAAUGGGGAAUCUCAUCUGUCCAACAAGCCCUUGUGACAACUUGCGUUUUCAGUGGAAUGAUGUUGUCAAGCACGUUUUGGGGAAAGAUUUGUGACCGGUUCGGGAGGAGAAAGGGAUUAACAUUCUCCACACUGGUUGCUUGUAUCAUGGGAGUGUUAUCUGGAAUGUCGCCUCAUUUUUAUGUUUUAUUAUUCUUCCGUGGACUGACUGGAUUCGGAAUUGGAGGAGUGCCUCAGUCCGUAACCCUCUACGCCGAGUUCCUCCCCACUGCUCAACGUGCCAAAUGUGUCGUUUUAAUCGAAUCAUUCUGGGCAAUUGGUGCAGUUUUCGAGGCUCUUCUCGCGUAUUUCGUAAUGGAGACGUUUGGAUGGAGAGCCCUCAUGUUCUUGUCUUCAUUGCCAUUGGGCGUAUUUGCAGUCGCUUCUUUUUGGCUCCCCGAAUCUGCCCGUUUCGACAUGGCAUCCGGACAUCCUGAGAGAGCACUGGAAACCCUUCAAGCAGCUGCACGAAUGAAUCGAGUACAGCUACCGACUGGAAGACUAGUGUCCUCGACAAAAAUGGGAUCAGAAAGCCGAGGAGAUAUCGCUAAUUUAUUGUCGCCUGAUUUGAGGAAGACCACUUUGCUGUUGUGGUGUAUUUGGGCGAUAACUGCGUUCUCCUACUACGGAAUGGUGCUCUUCACCACUGUCCUCUUCCAGUCGCAUGAUGAAUGUCAUGGAGGACUAUACUCGAAUGGAACUUCUCUAGAAGUAUGUCAUCCGUUGACAAGAUCCGAUUACUUUGAUCUACUAUCAACUACUCUUGCUGAAUUCCCCGGGUUAAUUAUCACUGUGUUGAUAAUUGAAUGGUUCGGAAGGAAGAAGACAAUGGCGCUGGAAUACGCCAUAUUUGCAGUCUUCACGUUCUUGUUGUAUUUCUGUUUGGAUAGAUUCACCGUCACCGUGCUCAUCUUCGUCGCCCGUGCAUUCAUAUCCGGUGCGUUCCAAUGUGCUUAUGUAUAUACACCUGAAGUCUACCCGACUACGUUGAGGGCAGUUGGAUUGGGUACUUGUUCGGCUAUGGCAAGGAUUGGAGCAAUUGUAACACCGUUUAUAGCGCAGGUGGCCUCCGAACACUCCUUAUCCCUACCCAUUGGUAUUUAUGGAACUGCAGCGAUUCUCGGAUUAAUUGCCUCUCUAAGUCUUCCGAUUGAGACAAAAGGAAGGCAAAUGAUGGAUUCCCACUAG